GAGCAGCCUUAUUGGUUGUGGAAAUGAGAAAAAUUUGUCAACACCACCAUAUUAGAUUCAAAAGAAGAAGUAUUAUGGCUCAAUCUCAAGCCUACGUUCAAAGCCAAAAAGAUAUACCAAUGAAACUCCUCCUAUCAAUCCUUCCCACCAUUACAGUUUUUCUAUCAAAUUUAUCAGACGCCCAUGAGUGAGAGUAUAAGGUACUCAGAAGAGAAUAUUUGCUAGAAAGAUUAUAUAUAAUUAGACCAUGACGAUUCUUUGGUGCCACCCACCAGUUGAGAGUGAGAGCAAAUCAGAAAAAUUAAAAAAGUCGGUGUUGAAGAAGAAGAAUAAUAAAAAAAGAUAAUACAAACCGUAAAAUAAAAAAAAAUAAAAAUAAGAGUUUAUAAUAUUUAAAAAAAAAAAUUAAAAAAAAUAGUCAUGAAACAUUAUUUCCAAAAAAAAAAAUCGUAGCUUAAUUUUGUCAAAGUGAUAUAAUAUCAUUUUUCUCAUCCACAAAUUUUCUAAUAGUCAACCAUCCGAAUUUGAAUACAAUGACUUGGACUGAUACUAUUACAGAAAUGAUUUCGUCUCCAUUAACAAAAACUGCUUCUUCAAGGCAUCUGGUCUCAUAGUCAUGGAAACUAAAACAUGGUUUUCAUUUCUUCUAAUCUUGGUCCGAUCCAUAGUACGUACUGCUUCCAACGAUACCAUAAGCAUAAACCAAAUCCUUAAAGAUGGGGACCUCCUAAUCUCUAAAGAAGAAAAUUUUGCAUUCGGGUUCUUUGGCCCCGGCAGUUCUAGCUACAGAUAUCUUGGAAUUUGGUUCCACAAGAUACCAGGGCAAACGGUGGUGUGGGUAGCAAACAGGAACAAUCCCAUCAAUGGUUCUUCAGGAUUCCUGUCCAUUAAUCAACAGGGAAACCUUGUCCUCUUUGGUGAAAACAGUGAUCCAGUCUGGUCGACAAAUGUUUCGGUUGAGAUAACAGGAAAUACAGCUCAGCUCUUGGAUUCAGGAAAUUUGGUUUUGGUUCAACGUAAUAAGGAUAAAAGCAUAUUAUGGCAAAGCUUUGAUCAUCCAACAGAUACCUUAUUACCAGGAAUGAAGAUUGGAGUAAAUAGGAAAACAGGUCAGAACUGGAUGCUGAAAUCAUGGAGAUCAGAAAAUGACCCAGGAAUCGGAAACUUUUUCUAUAGACUCAACCCGAAUGGCUCACCUCAAAUAUUUCUGUAUAAUGAUACAACUCGCUACUGGCGAAGUAAUCCAUGGCCAUGGAGAAUAUACCUAGAGGUAUACUACUGUAGUUUUAUUAACAAUCAGGAUGAGAUAUGUUAUAACUGUUCUCUUCGCAAUACCUCUGUUAUCUCAAGACAGCAGUUGGACCAUUUAGGAAUCAUGAGGUGGCUAGUAUGGCAAGAAAAUGAUGAUCAGUGGAAGGAGUUCCUGUCAUUACCUAGAGAUCGAUGCGACAAUUAUGGACGGUGUGGUGGUUAUGGGAAGUGUGAUUCUAAUACUGUUACUAGAUAUGAAUGUGCUUGUUUACCUGGGUAUGAACCCAAGUCCCCAAGGAAUUGGAAUUUAUGGGAUGGGAGAGAUGGGUGUGUCAGGAAGCGAAAGGAGUCUUCCUCAGUUUGUGGGCACGGAGAAGGAUUUAUAAAAGUGGAAAGUGUUAAACUUCCAGAUGCAUCAGCAGCAGUUUGGGUGGACAUGAGUACGAGCCAUAUUGACUGCGAGCAACAAUGUAAAAGGAACUGUGCAUGCUCUGCAUACUCUACCAUAUUUAUUACUGGGAAUGGAAGUGGUUGUUUAGCUUGGUAUGGAGAAUUGAUUGAUACAAAAACAUACCCGCCCGAUGUAGGCUACGAUCUGUAUGUUCGUGUUGAUGCUCUUGAAUUAGCUGACAGUGCCAGAAGAUCAAGCAGUUCUAUUGAAACGAAGAGGAUUCUAAUAGUGUCUGUUGCAUCAGUAUGGUUUAUAAUUAUCUUAAUUAUCUACUGCUGGCUCAAAAAGAAGAAAAAGAAACGUAAAAUGAAGAGAAACUGGAAUACAAUAGUACUUGACCACCCUAUAAAUGGCUCAAAUUACUACCGAGGUACAAUGGCAGCAGCAGAUGAGCUUGAGGGAGGAAGUAGGAGUCAUCAAGAUUUGGUACUUUUCAAACUCAGCACCAUACUUGUUGCCACUGACAAUUUCUCUCCAGUUAAUAAAAUUGGACAGGGUGGUUUUGGGACUGUUUACAAGGGUCAGCUAUCUAAUGGAAAGGAGAUUGCUAUUAAAAGAAUGUCCAAAACUUCAAUGCAAGGAAUUGAGGAAUUGAAAAAUGAAGUGAUGUUGAUUGCAAAGCUUCAACACAGGAAUCUUGUGAAACUUCUAGGCUGCUGCGUUGAGAGGAAUGAACAGAUGUUAAUAUAUGAAUACUUGGCAAACAAAAGUUUAGACACAUUUCUUUUUGAUGAGAGAAAAAGAUCAUUGAUAAGUUGGGAAACACGCUUCAAUAUUAUUGUUGGAAUUGCUCGUGGGAUAUUAUAUCUUCAUCAAGACUCAAGAUUAACAAUUAUCCAUAGGGAUUUAAAAAGCAGUAACAUUCUAUUAGAUGCGGAUAUGAAUCCAAAAAUCUCUGAUUUUGGCAUGGCUAGAUUAUUCAAAAGUGAUGAACUUCAAGACCAGACAAAUAGAAUUGUUGGAACAUAUGGAUAUAUGUCACCAGAGUAUGCUGUGUUCGGAAAAUAUUCAGUAAAAUCUGAUAUCUUUAGUUUUGGGAUCAUAUUAUUGGAGAUUAUAAGUGGUAAGAAGACCAAUGGCUUUAAUCAAAAGGAUGCUUCACUAAACUUGAUUGGACAGGUGUGGGAGUUAUGGAAGGAAGAGAGAGCACUGGAGAUAGUGGAUUCAUCAUUGACAGGUUCUUGUAAUUCUGAUGAAGUCUUGAGAUGCAUUCAGGUUGGUUUGUUAUGUGUUCAAGAAGAUGCAGUGGACAGACCAAUCAUGUCAGAAGUUGUCCUAAUGUUGAAGAGUGAUUCGAGUCUUCCUUCUCCAAAACAACCUGCUUUCAUUUUUAGAGCAUCUUCCAGCAAUACUAUUUCACCAGGUGGGAAUGAAGGAUCGUGCUCUAUAAAUGGUGUGACAAUCACUGCAGUCUCAACCCGGAACUUGAAGAUCGAAGAGCUCUGAUAUACCUGUUGCCUAAAAUGAAAGGCAAAGACUUGGAGGUAUAUAUACAUAAAUAUAUACAUAUAUAUGCUGCUUCAUAAGGUUGAAUUAGUACAAUGUUUUUUUUUUAA